AAGUCGUCGCUUUUCAGUGUUCGCUCGAACGCGGUUUUAACCGUUUCGUUCAGACGCGAAGUCACUCUCUCUUUCUCUCCUUUCUCUCUCAUUCAAUCAUUCGCCAAAACAACAAUUUUUUUUCUCUCUUUAAUAAAUUUGUAAAUUUUAUUCAAUUUCUUUAAAAAAAUUUCUUGGGGAAAAACGAAUUUUUUUGCCAUUUUUUAGUUGUCAAUUUAAAACAAAAAUUUGGAAAUUAUAAUUAAAGAAAAAAAAAUUAAUUUUCAAUUUGAAAAAAAAAAUUUCUAAAAGGGCGAUUUUGUUUUUAUUUUUCGAAAUAGAAAAAAAGUGCUUCGGAGGACGAUGACUUCGCACGGUAGGACGAGGGUGGUGGCUUUCUCGGCUUUAAAGAGUGGGAAUCUCAGUGGUGUCGUGUGUGUUGUGUGUAAACAAAUCGAGGCUUAUCAUUAACCUAGACAUUGAAAUUUUUCCCCUCCCCUCUCGCAUUAUUAUUACCCUUAUCAAGAAAAUAAUCUAAACAGUGAAUUUUUGUUAAUUUAAAAUUUUGUGUCCAAAUUCAUCCCUUUUUUGAAACUACAAAAAAAAUAUCAGUGGGGAAAAAAGAAAAACAAGUGGAGAUAAUAAAAUGCAACACACCAAAGAGAAUAAAUAGAGAAAAUAUUUCCAAAUAAAGACAAAGAGGAAUAAAAACAAAAGAGUAAUUUGUGGUGAUAAAUUACGAAAUUAUUCACCGAAAGACCAUUAAAAAUAAAAAAGUAAUUUCGCCAAAAGAAACAUAUCGAAAUGAAUUAAAAUAAAUGUAACGAAAGAGGAAAUAAAAGGAAAUAGAAGUAAAAAAGGUGCUUGAUAAAAUUAAUACAAUUAAUAAAAUUAAUUACAUUGGAGCAAAAAAAACAUAUCGAUGAGAAUAACAUUUCUAAUCAAAGACAAAUAACUAAAGAGGAUCAAGUUUCAUCAAUUGAAUCCGAGGGAAUAUGAUGAGUGCCGUCCUAAUGAAGAGGGAUACUAUUCGGAUUACAAUUGACCUAAAAUAACAAACAUUUCCGUAUAGCGAAAGGAAAAUUGUGACAUUAGUGUUUCAAGGGAAAAAAGAAAUUAGAUUUUCUUUCGUAGGGAGUCGAUAAAAGGCAACAAGGGAAGUGAAAUUACUUCGAGCACUGAACGGAUAUUUAAAAGAAUUAGAGAAUUUGCUUCUAAAUUAAAAAAGCGAAGGUUGUUUAAAAAUUUGUUUGAAAUUACUUUGAAAUUUCUUUGAAGUUUUUAGAAGACUUAAUUUCCAGACGAAAAUCCACAAGACUUGUUUUUAAGUAAAAAAUAAAAGAACCAGAAAAUCCUUUGGCAGCUUUGAAGAAAAUAAACUGACCACAAGUUCACAAAGAACCUAAAAACUUUCGGAAAUCUACAAGACUUUCAAUCUGAGGAGGGGGGAAAAUCGAUGGAAAGGAAAAAAUCUUUUCGAAAAUCCAGAAGAAUCUAAAUCUCCUGACUAAGAAGAAAAACCAGAGGAUUCUUUCCAGGAAAUCAAAAAAUCCUUGGCAGAAAUCUAGAAGACUUGAUCCCCUUUAAGAAUUACUAAGGACUGCAAGAAAAUCGUUACGGAAAUCUAGACCUCAUUUAAAGAUCCCCUUUAAAAAAAAGGAACCCUAAAAACUAGACUACCAAGAAACUAGAAGACUUGAUUCCCUUUUAAGAAAAAGCAGGAGGACUCCUAGAAAAGCAAAAGACUAGAAGACUCGAUUCUAGUUCUAACUAGAAUCGAAAAAUCCUUAAGGAAAUCUAGAAUACUUCCUCUACCCACCAAAAAAACUCGGAGAACCCCAAAGAAACCGAAAAAUCUUUAAGGAAACCUAGAAUACUUCCUCUAAUAUCCAAAAACCUCGGAAGACUCGAAGGGAACCGAAAAAUCCUUAAGGAAAUCUAAAAUACUUCCUCUAUCCAUUAAAAAACUCGGAGGACCCCAAGGGAACCAAAAAAUCCUCAAGGAAAUCUAAAAUACUUUCUCUACACACCAAAAAAACUCCAAAGACCCUAAGGGAACCGAAAAAUCCUUAAGAAACUCUAGGAUACUUCCUCUACCCUCCUAAACAUCAGAAGACUCCCAAGGAACCAAAAACCCUUCAGAAAGCCAAGAAUUCCUUUUUCCCCAAAAACUAACCAGAAAUCGGAGUCCUCACCCGAAAUUCUCUCUAGGCAAACAGUACAAAAUACCACACCAAACAAAAAGUAACCAAAAACCCCGUUUCCCUAGAAUCAUCAAAAACUUCCUCACCCAAAAAGUCCGAAAUCGGACCCGCCAAACAAUGAUCCGAUAAGACUCGAAACAAUAAAAAAAAGCGCAAAAAUGGGUAGAGAGGUAUGUACCGCAGGACUGAUGAUCCCACUAUGGCAUCCGGUCGACAAUCUAAGUCUAGCGGAAAUAAUAUUCCGCGGUCUGGUAUACUUCUUCAUACUCAUGUACCUCUUCAUAGGUGUGUCAAUCGUCAGCGACAGAUUUAUGGCCGCUAUCGAGGUGAUCACCUCACAGGAAAAGGAAUUAGUGGUGAAGCGUCAGGGCCGGGAGCCUCAAAUAAUAAUCGUGAGGGUAUGGAAUGAGACAGUGGCGAAUCUAACCCUAAUGGCCCUUGGUAGCAGUGCACCAGAAAUUCUCCUCUCCAUCAUUGAGAUCUACGCCAAGGAUUUCGAAGCCGGUGAUUUGGGUCCGGGAACGAUUGUCGGUUCGGCGGCCUACAAUCUCUUUGUGAUUAUUGCUCUCUGUGUUUUUGUGAUUCCCAAGAACGAAACUAGGAAAAUAAAGCAUUUGCGAGUGUUUUUUGUGACCGCCACAUGGAGUAUAUUCGCCUACGUCUGGUUGUAUCUCAUCCUAGCUGUCUUCAGUCCGGGUGAGUUGGAAGUUUGGGAGGGAAUACUGACUUUCGCCUUCUUCCCGGCCACGGUACUCACGGCCUACAUUGCCGAUCGUCGGCUGCUUAUCUACAAAUACCUCCACAAGGGCUACCGAAUGAACAAGCGGGGCGUUAUCGUGGAGGUCGAAGCUGGCGAUUCGGAUGCUGCUGUCGAACUUGAAAUUAAGGCCCAGCAUGAGGGCAUCAAUGGAAUGGGAGAUCGAUUCGCUGAUGUGGACACCCUGGAGGCUAAGGAGUUCGAGCAGACCCGGAAGGAUUAUAUCCAGACCCUAAGGGAAUUGAGAAAGAAAAAUCCUCAAUUGAGUUUGGAGCAUCUGGAGGUGAUGGCACAUGAGGAGGUUUUGGGCAAGGGGCCAAAGAGCAGGGCCUUCUACAGAGUGCAGGCGACUAGAAAAAUGGUGGGCGCUGGGAGUUUGAGUAGAAAAAUAAGUGAGCGGGCACAGAGUGACUUGAGUGAGGUGAAGGCGGAACUUCAGAGGGCCGAGGCCGAGAGUGUCGAUAUUGAGGCCGUUAAUUGUCAACGAGUGUUCUUCGAACCCGGUCAUUAUACGGUUAUGGAGAAUGUCGGGACCUUUGACGUUGGGGUCAGUCGAAUGGGAGGUGAUCUUAAUAAACCGUGCAGUGUCGAUUACUACACUGAGGAUGGAUCAGCCGAGGCUGGUUCCGAUUAUGUCAGUGCAAAGGGGACCCUAAUGUUCGAGCCUGGCGAGACGAAAAAAACGAUCAAUCUGUCAGUUAUCGACGAUGAUGUCUUCGAGGAGGAUGAACACUUCUACGUUAGAUUAACAAAUGUGUCGCAACCGGCAAUGCUAGUGUCGCCGAGUUUAGCGACAGUUAUGAUCCUUGACGACGAUCACAGUGGAAUAUUUGGAUUUCCCGAAAGGGACGUGGAAUUAGUUGAAAGCGUUGGCCAGUACAAUUUGCGUGUAGUGCGAUAUAGCGGGGCGAGAGGACGUGUCAUUAUUCCUUAUCGAACAGUCGAGGGAACCGCCAAACCCGGCAAGCAAUACGAGCAUCUCGAGGGCACACUCACCUUCGAGGAUAAUCAAACCGAGUAAGUCAUUUGCAUUUUUACACGAAAAUAAU